AUGAAAACGAUGUACAGAUUGAUUUUGGAAUAUUUUACUAAAGAAAUAAAAGGUGCAACAACAUCUGUGUUUAUAGAAGAAAUUGCUUUAACUGAUCUUGCAACAAGUUCUCGAGACGAAGCUCGUGAAGCAUCUUCUGUACCUCAAACUAUGCCUCUUGUUAAUCAAUUAAAUAGUAAACCACAAUCUAGUAUUCACGAUAUUCAAUCAUCAAUUCAACGACAAGUUAUAUCACAUAUGGGUGGAAAAAACUCCAAGAAAGCUAUUGUCCUUUCAACAGCAGGUGCUAGUGCAAUUACAGCAGCUUCAUCGACAGCCAUGCUGCGAAGAGAGCGCAUGGCCGAAAAUUAUUUGGUCAUCUGGGUCGAUGGAAAUAUCGACAUGGCAAAUCAAGAUUGCCAAAAUACAAUGGAACAAUUACGUGCUGUCGUUAACGAAGUCAAGCCAUGUGAGACAGCUGAACAAUGUGUACAAAUGCUUAUGGAAAAUCAAGAGGAGAUCUCAUUUGUUAUCUCCUCAGGUGCACUUGGACAACACCUGGUACCAGACAUUCAUGAUAUGGCAAAAUUAAAUGCCAUUUUCAUAUUUUGUGGCAAUAAACAACGGCAUCAAGAAGAAGAAAUUCUCUUCUCCAUGCACACCGUCUUUCGCAUUGGUGAAGUGCGAAAACUUGACAACAAUCGUGCACUUUAUCAAGUCGAUCUUAAACUGACGUCAGAUGAUGAUUCACAACUUCGAGAAUUAACUGACUACAUACGACAAGAAGUCAACGGUACCGGAUGGCGUCGAAUGGGUCAAUUGUUACUCAAAAUAGGUCAAUUCGACAAGGCCGAAGAGCUCUAUUUGGCACUACUAGAACAGGCAUCGGAUGAUAGUGAUAGAGCAUACAUCUGUCACCAGCUUGGAGUGAUGAAAUACAGCCAAGGACAAUACGAAGAAGCAGUUGAAUUUUACGAACAAUCUCUGAAAAUCGAGCAAAAAACUCUUCCGAAAGACGAUCCUUCAUUAGCUCCUACGUACAAUAAUAUUGCUCAAGUGUAUAACGACAUGGGUGACUACUCGAAAGCACUUGAAUUUUACGAAAAAACACUUAAAAUCGACGAAAAAGGUCUGCCUUCGAAUCAUCCAGAUUUGGCUAAGUCCUACAACAAUAUCGGUCAAGUAUACAAUAAUUUGGGUAACUACUCCAAAGCUCUUGAAUUCUAUGGAAAAGAUCUCGAAAUUAGGAAGAAAGCUCUGCCUCCAACACAUCCUGAUUUGGCUAUUCCCUACAGUACAAUCGGUCAAGUGUAUAAUAACAUGGGUGACUACUCGAAAGCACUUGAAUUUUACGAAAAAUCACUUGAAAUACGAAAAAAAGCUCUGCCUUCGAAUCAUCCUGAUUUGGCUACUUCAUACAACAACAUUGGUCAAGUGUAUAAUAACAUGGGUGACUACUCGAAAGCACUUGAGUUUUUAAAAAAGGAUCUGGAAAUCACUAGAAAAACUCGAUCUCCAGAUCAUCCCGAUUUUGCUUCAACAUACAGCUGGUUUGGAAGAGUGUAUCGCAAUAUGAAAGAUUAUUCAAAGUCACUUGAUUACUUUCAAAAAUGCCUCACAAUAUUUCAACGAACAUUACCAGAAAGACAUCCGAAUCAAGCUAUCACAUACAGUAAUAUUGGUGAUGUUCAUCGUCUAAUGGGUGAUUAUGAAAAGGCAAUUUCAUUUCAUCGAAAAGCAUUAAAUAUUCAAGAAAAUGUUCAAUGUAAUCCUCUCGAAUGUGCAACGACAUAUAUAAAUUUAGGUGAAACAUAUCGUCAAAUGAAAGAUUAUACAAUGGCAUUGACAUAUUAUCAAAAAGGAUUAGAAAUACGUGAAAAUAAACUACCAAAAAGUCAUCCUGAUUUAGCGGUUGUAUAUCACAAUUUGGCGAAAUUAUAUUUAUCUACUCGACAAUAUAAUAUGGCAAUGAAAAAUGUUCAACAAGCCGUAGAAAUUGCUCAAGAAAAAUUACCUUCAAAUCAUCCUCAUAUUUUGGAAUAUAAAGAAACAUUUGAAAAAAUUCGAAAGAAAAUGUAA